GUUUGUGCACUCAAGCUCUAUCGGCAGAUGGGAGGUUAUAAAGGCUCACCUUGCUUCAGCUUUUAGCUUCACGUUUUAAGAGACUUGAUUUAUUGAGGAAUUUGAGCAGAGAGGGGAUACGAUCUCACUGUACACAUUCAGCCAUGGCAGGUAAAAAUGAAAUGGGGAAGCCCAAGUCGAAAAGUGCUUUGGUGUGUGGCUACCCAGUUAGCAUCUUUUUUAUUGUGGUCAAUGAGUUCUGUGAGCGGUUCUCGUACUAUGGCAUGCGAGCUGUGCUGGUGCUUUACUUUAAGUACUUUCUGAGGUGGGAUGAUGACUUCGCCACCACAAUCUACCAUACCUUUGUUGCCCUCUGCUACCUGACCCCAAUCCUGGGUGCCAUUGUGGCCGAUUCAUGGCUCGGCAAGUUCAAGACUAUCGUGUACCUGUCCAUUGUGUAUGCUUUGGGGCAGGUUGUCCUGGCGGUCAGCGCCAUCCAUGACAUCACAGACACCAACAAGGAUGGCACGCCGGACAACAUGACCUUCCAUGUAGCUCUGUCCAUGGUGGGUUUGCUUCUUAUCGCUGUGGGAACAGGAGGCAUUAAACCUUGUGUUGCAGCCUUUGGUGGAGACCAGUUUGAAGACCAUCAGGAGAAGCAGAGAAGCACCUUUUUCUCCAUUUUCUACCUGUCCAUCAAUGCAGGCAGUCUGCUGUCCACUGUCAUUACACCUAUCCUCAGAGCUCAGGAGUGUGGAAUCCACAGCCAGCAGAAAUGUUACCCGCUGGCCUUUGGUGUCCCUGCAGCCCUCAUGGUGGUCGCUCUGAUUGUGUUCAUUGUGGGUAGUGGAAUGUACAGUAAGACCGCUCCUCAGGGAAACAUCAUGUUAAAAGUCUGCAAAUGCAUCGGGUUUGCUAUCAGUAACCGCUUCAGGCAUCGUCAUCCAGCAUACCCGAAAAGAGAACACUGGAUGGACUGGGCUGAAGAAAAAUAUGAUAAACUUCUGAUUGCCCAGGUGAAGAUGGUGGUUAAGGUGCUUUUCCUCUACAUCCCUCUACCAAUGUUCUGGGCUCUCUUUGACCAGCAGGGAUCAAGAUGGACCCUCCAGGCGACCAUCAUGAAUGGUGACUUUGGAAUCCUUGUUAUCCAGCCUGACCAGAUGCAGACGGUCAACCCCAUCUUGAUUCUGGUUUUGGUGCCAGUUGUGGACAAUGUGCUCUACCCACUCAUCUCCAAGUGCAAGUUAAACUUCACUCCGUUGAAGAGGAUGACCGUGGGGAUGUUCUUGGCCGCUUUGGCGUUUGUUGCUGCAGGCCUCGUUCAGAUCCAGAUUGAUCAAACCCUGCCCACCUUUCCAGUGAGUACUGUGAGCCAAGCGAAGUUCCUCAACAUGCUGAACAAGUCAUUAGACAUCAGGGCUGGGUCACAAUCACUUAAGUUGGAUGCUUUCACGGCCAACGAUGAGUACCUGACCUUUGAUGAGUCCUUUUCUCUGGAACUGGGCCCCAGCCCCAUUUAUCCGAUCAGUUUAAGUGAUGGGUCCCGGAAUACUUUGGUGAUCCUUCAGGAUGGGCCCCUGCCCAGGCCACUCGUGUUUGAUGACAUCAAAGCCAAGCCAGAACAGGGUGCUAAUGCUAUAAGAUUUUUCAAUGGCCUUGGCUCUGCUUUGAAUAUAACAGUUGGUAAUCUGGACUUCAAGUCUACUAGUGCUUCAAACAUGUCAAACUAUGUGGCAGUACCACAGGGGAAUGCAGAGUUUCUGAUCAACAACAAUACAGGAGGCCAGUGUGUCUACAACCAGCAACUUGGCUUCGGCAGCUCUUACACCUUGAUCAUCCCGCCCACUUUCACAUUUGGACCAAAUUGUGCACAGGAUAUCCGUCAGGUGAAUGACAUCAGACCAAACUCGGUCCACAUGGCUUGGCAGAUUCCUCAAUACUUCCUCAUCACAGCAGGAGAAGUGGUCUUUUCUGUUACAGGCCUGGAAUUCUCCUACUCACAGGCACCCAGCAACAUGAAAUCAGUGCUGCAGGCUGGUUGGCUGUUAACGGUCGCUGUUGGUAAUAUCAUUGUGUUGAUUGUUGCUGAGGCAGCAACACUUGAAGAUCAGUGGGCCGAGUAUAUUCUCUUUGCAUCCCUGCUGGUGGGAGUGUGCUUCAGCUUUGCCAUCAUGGCCUACUUCUACACAUACAUUGACCCAACAAAGAUCGAGGCUCAGUUCAGAGAGCUGGAGCCCAAGGAUAAGCAGAAGAAGAUGGAUGAAAAGGACUCGGUUGAGCGUUUUAAUGAAGAGAAAAGUUCUGAUUCCAGCUUAGAUGAGAAGGGAGAUUUCACUCAGACCCGAAUGUAAAAAAAAAAAAAAAGAACUAGAGACAAAGACCCACAGUAUUGAACUUUUUUUGUAUUUAAACACUGCUUGGCUCUGUGUUUCUUGUCAUGUGUUAAAUGUCAAAAGUGACUUUGAUCUGUGUUUGGUAAUGAUUUGCAAUUUGCAGGAGGCAGGUUUCCAUGCAGGUGUGUUGACUGCAUUCUAGUUUGUCCUGUUACUGUAAAUUCACUAUCAAAAUGGCUUAUUUUGCACUGUGUUGUAACAAUUUAUCAUUGCCAUUUUUGUUUUUGUUUUUGAUGUGCUGUGUAGGUGGUUGUAGGCAUUGCAUUGUGUUAUAAUAGGCAGUUUAUCAUUUAUGGCGAAUCAGUUUUUUUCCCCCAAUUGGCUGGCACACACAAACACGAGCACAUGGACAAGUUACACCUCAUGGCGUCUCCACAUGACCAGUGUCAGCUUCCAACAGCCACUCCACAUGAACAUGUACAUUUAAUUCGGGUUGCUUCUUGUAUUGACGUGUUUCUACAAUGAUUUUAGCGGAAUGAAACUAGCAGACAAUCGGCCAGCUAGCUGUUUCAUGCUCUGUUGGCUUCAAUGAAAUACGACGUGAAGGAGGCUGGGGGAUUAUCCUUCAUGAUUUGCCCGUUGUUCUGUCUCUAAACUGUUGGUAUCCUGAUAUGUUUGCUUAAAAGCUUUAAAAACUGACGCCGCUACAGUGUCAAAAGUGUUGCUGUUGCAUUUUUUUCUCUUCUAUGCAGCAUCUUAUUUCAUGCAUAAUGUACUGCACAUCAGGCUAGCUAAAAACACUUUGAAGACAAACUAGUGGAGUGAAAAGCUGAGUUGAGGGCAUCACAAAAGUGCUGUUAAUGACCAUCACAAGUGUAACUUACUGUAAUUCAAGUGAAUUCUGCCUUUAUAUUUCAGAGUUUGAUUUCUGAAAUUUCACCAGUAUCACCAGUGUAGCUUGUUUAAAAAUAGGUGUAGCCUACCUGUAAUUCAUGUGAAUUCUGCCUUUUUAUUUAAGUAUUUUGUCUGUUUUAUUUUAUUAUUUGAUUCAAGAAGUCUGCCUUUUUCAACUUCAAAAAAAGAAGUCGGCCUUUUUAUUUACUUCAUACAAAGUGUGCCUUUUUAUUUCAUAUUUCAUGUUUGUCAUGCUUGUUCAUGUUUCAUAUAUAUACAUAUAUAUAAAAUCAACUGUUUUCAUGUUUUCAACAGUGCAUAAAG